GUAGAUACGAUCCAUAUAAACAGCUUUAAUAUCUUCUUUUCUGGCCCAUAAUUCGUCCAUCGGAUCCGAAUACGGUACGACUGAUAUUGGAGGCCGACUCGGAUUCAUUAGGGCCCAUAUUUAUUCGAUCCCGCCGCCGCCUCGUACAGACGGCGCUACAUACAUGAACCCGCCGCCUGCCUCCAGCCAGAGAGAGCCAAACCACGAAAGCCGCCCCCGGAAGAACUCCCUCUCCACCUCGUCGUCCGGAUUGGUGUUCCGUGUUCGGAUCGGAGCUACCUGGAUUACUUCUUCGUCUCCGUUCGUUGGGGCCGUCUGAGGAUCGAGCAGCUUCGAGCGAGCAGCCUGAGCUUUGACAGCAAGCCUGCUGCCUUUGCCUAAAUUCUUGGAGGAGAUCAUGGCUCGGACAAAGGUCCCAGCGGAGGAGCUCCGGAGGCGGAGGAGAGCUCGUGAAAUCAAGCGAAAGCGCAGCAAGGGCAAGCCAGGACCGGAUGGCGCGAACAACGGAGAUGAUGCCUGUGCGAUCUGCGACAAUGGUGGUUUCUUAACCUGCUGUGGUGGUGGCUGUCAAAGGUCUUUCCACCUAGACGACAGCGAAGAUUCAAACUGCAGAUUGGCCCUUGGGGUAUCUAAAGACCAGGCAAAGAUGAUAAUUGAUAUGGAGGAAGAUUUCAUAUGCAAAAACUGCAAGUACAAGCAACACCAGUGUUUCGUUUGCGGACUGCUGGGGUCUUCUGACGUUUCAUCAGGACCUGAGGUAUUCCAAUGUGAGCACGACGAUUGUGGGCGCUUUUACCACCCCAAGUGUGUUGCUGAGCUGCUCUACUCGGAUAGCGAAGAGGCCACACUUUUCGAGCACCAAGUUGCUGCCGGAGUGGGAUUCCCUUGUCCUAUGCACGAAUGUAGUGUCUGCAAGGGAGGCGAGAAGAAGGAUGAUGAGAAUCUGCAGUUUGCAGUAUGCAGACGCUGCCCAACUGCAUACCACCGAAAGUGCUUGCCGAGAGAUAUCCUUUUCGAAACGAGGAAAGGUCCCAAUGGCUCGAUGCAAAGGGCGUGGGAUGACGUUCUUCAUGAUCGAAUUCUGAUCUUCUGCAUGAAGCACGACAUCGUCAGGAAACUAGCAACUCCCAAGAGGGAUCAUAUCGUCUUUCCUGAUGCCAAGAAUCUUGGUGUGCCAAAAAUGCCUGAAUAUUCGUCCAUGGAACGAGAUCUACCUGAGGAAGACGAGCAGCUCAGACACCCCUUCUCUAAACCAUCUCAGUCUCCUCCACUGGCUGCAAGCAACAAGAAUCAGUGCUUCUGUUCUAGUCCCAUGGACUCAUUUGCACCGAAGUCCUUGUUCAUGCAUCCACAACCAGGCUCCUGUGGCUGGAUCGGUGACUGACCAUACAGCCUCUGCCAGACUGCCAUUUAUGGAUGAAAACCAACAGCAACAGGUCCUUUGCAAAGUGCAUGUAAAUCAGUAGCUUGCGUUGGUUAGAUAUCAGAAUACCUGAUUUUUUUUUAUCGUUAUAGAAAUAUAUAGCUUGUUGCACAUAACCUGAUGUAUAUGGUCAGAUGGUCUUAGAAAGCCCCACCAUGUCCAAAUCCCGUUGGGAUGAAACGCAGGUUGCAGGUCCCACCUUCAGGCAUAUGUGUAGGCUGGAUUGGCAUGCAAGAUAAAUUGGGAAUUUCUAGGCUCAAGUUUUCUAAAACUAUUUUCUCAUAAAAGUCUGAAGUACAUGACACGAGCUAUAAAACUAGUAUUUUUUAUGACUAUUGCUGACAGGACCCGAGGCUUUUUGAAUUUGCCAGUAUAAUGCAUGUAGCAUGUAG